CUAUUGAGUGAAGCCACGAGGGGCGGGUCCCCUUGACAAUGACGUCACGCUACCGGAAGUAAACCGCUCACGGGACCUCUCGUUGGUGGAAAGCUUGAAAUGGCUUGGAUGUUAUUGUUGCUCUAUUUUAACUAUGGUCUGAUGCAUGUGUGACAAGCACAGCUCAGUGUCAUGGCAGAGGUGCUGGGACAGAGGUGUUUAUUGGGCCUUGGUGUACUGUUGGCUUGGCUUGUUCUUUUCCAUCUGCUUGUUAAUAUUUGGCUGCUGUGCGUGUUCACCAGCCUAUUGGUGGUACUUGGCGGCUGGCUGGGCUCACAGGCCAUCUUGGAAUCCAACAGUGUGAUUCACCUGGAAAGGUUUGUCACUUUGGAACAGAUUCCUUCCUCUGUGGAGGAUGACUAUUACUUGGACCAAGAAAUCCACAAUUCAGUGAGGAAGAUUAUUAGGGACUUUGUUUCCUCAUGGUACUCGACUGUGUCCUCUGAGACUGGCUUUGAAAAGGAGAUUAAAGAAGCCAUGAUUUCAAUGGGCAUGGAGCUGAAGAUGCGUGCAACGCUAUUAGACAGAAAAAAACUAACCCAGAGGAUCUUGGAAAUGUUUGGCUGCCAUCUGCAGGACUACCUUCGAGCCAAGGAGCUGGUUGCUCAGAAGCAGGUGUCUCCAACUACAAAAGUUAUUAGUGAGAUGGAAAAGUUGUGGCAGGCAUAUUCCAGAGUUACCACACCUCACUAUGUUAUGACCAGUGAGGCAGUGGAAGUCAAUUACACAAGAGCACUGGUGGACUUAUUGCUGCAUGUUUUGGUGCCCCCGCCUCAUUUGGAAACAGGCACUGGACGAUUUGUUGUUGGAGAACUCAUCACCUGCAAUGUCCUCCUCCCUCUUUUUGAUAAACUGUCUGACCCUGACUGGUUGAAUCUUUUCAUGAUAGACAUUUUGGGCAGUUCUAACAAACCAAAUGAGAUGACUGUAGAAGAUACUCCAGAUUUGUCAUUACGACUUCUCCAUGCCGAAUUAGAGCUCAGUCUACCACAAGAGACCACAUACGCACACCAAAACAAUGCUGAUGUCCGUCAUCCAAAACCUCAAACAGAAAGGGAAAAUUAUGUGGAGAUGGUCAUUCCUGAACUCUCUUCGUAUGAUGUGGCAGACUCAGACAAGGUCUGCUGUCAACAGAAUAACAUCGAAGAAGAGGCUUGUCUGUCUUUAAGGAAUUCUGUGAGUGGAAUUAACUUAAAUCCAUUUGACCAAGAAAAUUAUUCUGACCAGGACUCUUCAUUAGCUGACUACAAACGGAGUUCCAUUGACUCCUUGGUCAUGAUAGGACAAGAGGACACUUUGUAUGACGAACAAAGUGUAAUUGAGCGCAGUAGUGGUAAAGACUUGGAGGGUCUUUGUUCCAAUCAAUUGGAUGGAUUCUUUCCCAGAGUCUUGGUAAAUGCACAGACAUUGGAGCAUCCAAAUGGCUCAUUGGAAAGAACAACACAGAACACUCCCAUAAGGAGCCUUCAGAGCAUGGAGAGUGACAGUAGUUUCUCUUCAGCAGGGAACACCAAUGAACUGACUGUCAUAAGCCCAUUGCAUGGUUCUUCCCCCUUGCCUUCGUUCAGUUUUGAGCCUCUAAGUAGCCCUGAUGGACCAAUCAUUAUCCAAAAUCUUCGUAUCACUGGCACGAUCACAGCUAAGGAGCACCGUGGCACCGGCUCUCACCCUUAUACUCUUUACACCAUCAAGUAUGAGACAGCGAUGGGUUGUGAGAACCCGGGGCCCAUCCAUCCAUGCUCAGAAGAUGGGGACACAUUGCACUCAGGUUUUGAAAGUCCAUCGUCCAUUCACCCAGUGGCCUAUCAUAUGGUCAACAGACGAUACAGUGAAUUUCUUAACCUACAAGCACGCGUGGAAGAGAGAACAGAACUAAAGAAACUCAUCAAAGGUGUAAAAGGUCCUAAGAAAAUAUUCCCAGACAUGCCCUUUGGAAACAUGGACAGCGACAAGAUAGAGGCCAGGAAAGGAAUGCUGGAGACCUUUCUGAAGCAUCUUUGUGCUAUUCCUGAAAUAGCCAACAGUGAACAGAUGCAGGAAUUUCUGGCUCUGAAUACAGACGCACGGAUUGCAUUUGUUAAGAAACCUUUUAUUGUUUCACGCAUUGACAAGAUUGUGGUGAAUGCAAUAGUGGACACUCUGGAGACAGCAUUUCCUCGUUCUGAGCCUCAGAGCCCAACUGAGGAAAAUGAGGGCGAGAUGGAUGGGGGGAAGCUUAUUAAUGAAAAAAAGAGCAAGUCGCGUCUGAAAUUCUCUAGUAAAAGCAUCCCAUUUAUAAAUGGCUCAGAUAUGAGAGUACCUGUCUUGUUUACCUUGGAACAAACUCAUACAGUGUUUAAUGGAAUGUCUUUGGAAGAUCUGCAAAAUUGUAUUCAUAAACAAGAGAAUCUGUCCAUCACAUCUAUGCCAAAUUGCAGUGAUGAUCGAAUUGUUACAAAAUACGGACAUUGCCAGCACGACCCUGCCAUCGGAAAGCAAAGUCAAGGUCAUGUGGGCACAGGUGCAGCUGAGAUGGCAUUGGCUGACGUAGCUUUGAACAUCAUGUGUCUGCUCAUGAAAGAGCAGUGGAGCUGGCUGUGCACUGAGAACAUUCAAAGGACCAUUAGGCUUCUGUUCGGGACCCUUAUUAACAGAUGGCUGGAUGUGAGUGUGGCCAAUCUGACAUGUACCAGAUACUGGGUCCAUUAUCUUCAGAUCAUCCAAGAGUCUGUAUGGCCAGGAGGAGUUCUACCUACUUCCCCUCAAACAGAACGAAGUCAGCAGCAGAAGGAUAACAGCAAAAAACAAGCCUUGUAUUGUCUCAUGAAUCUUCUUCCAGAUUUAAUCACAGAUUUGCUCAGCUCUGACAAAUACAAACUCAGUUGCCAGACUGUUCUUGAUUCCUUCCAAAACCCCUACAUUAACAGGCACCUGGUUUACCGCAUUUGUGACCUUUUAUUGGAGUUCCUGGUCCCUGAAUUACCUGAGCAAAGCUUUCAAAGGAGUUUGCUGCAGAGCCUCUCCAAGAACCCAGAGAAACUCUUGGCAUGAAGAGACAACCCAAACUAACUCUCACACAUGAUGCCCUCAGUCUUGGUUUUACAGCAUUUCACACUGACAGUUGGCAAAAAAUAUAAUUUAACCCAAUUUUUGUGUCCCUACUCUAUAGGUUUAGUAAACCCUACCCUGAGUCAAGGCCAAAUAAGUGUUACAAAAAAAUAGUAACAGUGUUCUUUCCAGAGAACCAAGAACCAAUGCUUUAAUCGUGCUUAGUAGAUGAAUAAUAAAUAAACCACUAAGUGUGGUUUGUUAUUAAUAUGCCAUGAAACACUACUGAGUAUGAAUUAGAAAACAAGUAAAAGUUUUAUUGAAUGGGGACAUUAUGAUAUUUAUUUCACAAUUGAAAAGAGUUCCCAGGUGUCUUAAAAGGUUGCUGACAUUCUUCGGUCAAUAUACCCAAAGGGUAAAGAAUGAUAGCACAAUAGAACACUUUGGUUGAAAUAACACCGGUUUGAAGAUUGAUCGUUGUUUGUUGUGUUAUGUUCAAUACUGUUGUAUGUCAUAUGUUCAUUAUUGAUAAGUGACAAAAGAUUAUGAAAAAUCUGCUAGUAGUGCUGAUGAAGUGCUUUUUUUUUUUUUUUUUUUUGGGCCUUAACAUUUUUUACAGAAUCCUAAUGACAAACAAAGUGAAAGUAAAACAAAGUGCAGAUAUCCAGCUAGUAACUCCUGAUAAUUCUGUUCAAUAAUAAUAAUGUGUUAUAUGGGGUCAGAUUGUCUUGUUUAAAGAUUAACAUGAAAAAAGAUUGUAUAUUUAGUCAAGAGAAAUGUUUUUGAUUCCAUCUACACCCGCACAAAGUAAGAACAACACGGAGUACCCUGAUUAUAAUCAUAUGUAAUUAUUUUAUAAGAUUGGGGGAAAAAAUACAAUAAAUGAUUGUCAAAACAUUUUGUGAUAGCUACAGAUGAUGCAAUGUUUGGAAUGCCAAAAUGCACUGUAUUGUGUGCCAUUAUGCUUUCAUAUAUGUAUGCCACUUUGCCAUGACAGUAGUGCAACAUUUAAUGGAAAGUUACACUGUCUCUAAAUCUCAUACAGCAGGGGUGUCAAACUCAGUUAUGGUGCGGGCCACAUCGUAGUUAUGGUUUCACUCAGAGGGCCGUUGUGACUGUGAAACCAUAUAAAUGUAUAAUCGCUUUAUAGUAUAACAAAUACACAACAAAUUGAUGGAUAACUAUUUUUGAAAUCAGAAGCUAAUGAAAACUGUUCCGUUAUUCAUUUUAUUUUAAAAGGGGGACUGUUCCAAAAAAAAAUGCUUGCAAUUCUCAAUCAAUUGUGGUAUUUUAGCAGAAAAUGUUAAGUCAACGCACAUGAUUUGCUUUCGUGGGCCACAUUAAAUGAUGUGGCGGGCCGGAUCUGGACUCUGGGCCUCGAGUUUGACACCUCACACAGGAGUCACGCCUAUCUUUCAUUUAUUACUUUUCAACCACACUCAAAUUAACAUCUAUAGAAAAUGUUGUCUUUAUUUAACAUGCAUGUUUUUGGUGUGUGGGUAGCAGGCCACCCACAUGCCAACGUGCUGUCUACACCUCUGUUCUUGGUCUGUCUGAUACAAAUGUGUAAAUGUAUGUUUUGCAUGCUAUGAACGACUUUAAACAGGGUUUCUGAGCAUAUUUUCAUUUACUAAAUCAAUAAAGAUACAUAAGUAGCA